AUGGAAACUCGAGAGGCUCUUGUCUACACUCUCAUCCACUUGACUUCAGGGAAAGCCGCCGCAUCUUUUAGAGAUUUACCGGCGGGGAUAGGGAGGAUUUGUCCCGCAGGUAGUUUGCAGGGAACAAUGAUGGACCUAACGCAGCUGAAGCCUCCACAGAUCACUUUUUACUGCUCUGCAUUUUCAGUCGUGAUCACAGUUUAUUUGACGAUACAGCUUGUAUCGCAGCAUCUCUUUCACUGGAAGAAUCCAAAGGAGCAGAAGGCGAUACUCGUCAUUGUCCUCAUGGCUCCAAUCUACGCCGUUGUUUCUUUUAUUGGUCUGUUAGACGUCAAAGGAAGCGAAAUCUUCUUCCUGUUUCUUGAAUCCAUCAAGGAAUGCUACGAAGCACUCGUCAUUGCGAAGUUCUUGGCGUUGAUGUAUAGUUACUUGAACAUAUCUAUGAGCAAAUUCAUUGUGCCUGAUGGAAUCAAGGGAAGAGAGAUUCACCAUACUUUCCCAAUGACUCUUUUCCAGCCUCAUGUAGUCCGUUUGGAUCAUCGCACUCUUAGACUUUUGAAAUACUGGACAUGGCAGUUUGUUGUCAUCCGACCUGUGUGCUCGAUCUUGAUGAUAGCUUUACAGUUAAUCGGGUUUUAUCCUUCUUGGUUGAGCUGGUCAUUCACUAUCGUUCUAAAUUGCUCAGUCUCGCUUGCCUUGUAUUCUCUUGUGAUUUUCUACCACGUGUUCGCUAAGGAGCUUGCGCCUCAUAACCCGCUCGCAAAGUUCCUCUGCAUCAAAGGAAUAGUCUUCUUUUGCUUCUGGCAGGGAAUAGUACUUGACAUUUUUGUGGCAAUGGGAAUCAUAAAGUCUCACCAUUUCUGGUUGGAGGUGGAACAAAUCCAGGAAGCUAUACAGAAUGUGUUGGUGUGUGUUGAGAUGGUUAUCUUCGCUGCGGUCCAGAAGAAUGCUUAUCACGUUGGUCCUUAUAGCGGCGAGACCAAGAAGAAACUUGAUAAAAAGACCAAGUGA